CCCCGCCCCGGUCCGCUCGUCCCGCUCGCAGCCCGCCGCCCGCAUCCGCCGCCCGCUCGUCCUGAUCCGCUGCUCCCGGCUCUGCGCCCACGGACCCGCACCCCGCACCCCGGACCCCGCGCCCCGGCCUCGUGCCCGCGGCCCCCGCUGCCUCCCCGGAGCGCGCCUGCUCGCGCCCCGACGCUCUCGCGGGCCCCCAGCCCCGCACCCUGGAGCCCCAGGCCGCGAGCUUCCACCAGCCCCUCCGGGUCCUCGCGGCCGCCCGGCCCGAGCGAGGUCCCCCUCUGCUGCGCCCCUCAGGAAGGACGGGGCACCUGGGACCAUGGCGGACGAGGACCUUAUCUUCCGCCUGGAAGGUGUGGACGGCGGCCGGGCCCCCGGGCCUGAGGAGCCUGACACCGACAGUGACGAGGAUGAAGAAGGGUUCUUUAUCUGCCCCAUCACUGAGGACCCCAGGGCACACCAGGUCCUCAACUCCAAGGUCAACGACUACUACAACAGCUUGAACAAGGGUGAGCCCUAUGGCAGCAGUGGCUCCCCGGCCAGCUCCUUCCACUUCAAGGAAGCCUGGAAGCAUGCCAUCGAGAAGGCGAAGCACAUGCCUGACCCCUGGGCCGAGUUCCACCUGGAGGAAAUUGCUACAGAGAGCGCCACGCGUCACAGGUACAAUGCUGUCACCGGGGAGUGGCGAGAAGACGAGGUUGUGAUCAAGAUGGCGUCUCAGCCCUUCGGCCGUGGAGCCAUGAGAGAAUGCUUCAGGACAAAGAAGCUCUCCAACUUCCUGCACACCCAGCAGUGGAAGGGCGCCUCCAACUAUGUGGCCAAGCGCUACAUCGAGCCUGUGGCCAGGGACGUGUACUUUGAGGACGUCCGUCUGCAGAUGGAGGCCAAGCUCUGGGGGGAGGAGUAUAACCGGCAUAAGCCCCCCAAGCAGGUGGACAUCAUGCAGAUGUGCGUGGUGGAGCUGCGGGACCGGCCGGGCAGCCCCCUCUUCCACCUGGAGCACUACAUCGAGGGCAAGUACAUCAAGUACAACUCCAACUCGGGCUUCGUACGUGACGAUAACAUGCGCCUGACGCCACAGGCCUUCAGCCACUUCACGUUUGAGCGCUCUGGCCAUCAGCUGAUCGUGGUGGACAUCCAGGGAGUAGGCGACCUCUACACUGACCCGCAGAUCCACACUGAGACGGGCACGGACUUCGGAGAUGGCAACCUCGGCGUCCGGGGGAUGGCACUUUUCUUCCACUCUCACGCCUGCAACCGGAUCUGCAAGAGCAUGGGCCUCACCCCCUUCGACCUGUCGCCCAGAGAGCAGGAUGAAGUGAAUCAGAACACCAAGCUGCUGCAAUCAGCCAAGACCAUCUUGAGGGGGACAGAGGAAAAAUGUGGGAGCCCCCGAGUCAGGACCCUCUCUGGGAGCCGCCACCCCCUGCUCCGCCGCCUCUCAGAGAAUUCCGGAGACGAGAACAUGAGUGACGUGACCUUCGACUCUCUCCCUUCCUCCCCGUCUUCAGCCACGCCACACAGCCAGAAACUGGACCACCUCCAUUGGCCUUUGUUUGGUGACCUUGACAAUGUGCCCUCCCGAGAUCCUGACCAUCUGGACAACCACCGGGACUCUGAGAACAGUGGGGACAGUGGCUACCCCAGUGAGAGGCGGGGUGAGCUGGACGACCCAGACGUCCAAGAACACGGUCGCUCAAACGGUCAUCGGAGAUCUGAGUCAGAUGGAGACAGCUUGGGCAGCUCGGGACGGGUCUGUGUGGAGAAGUGGAAUCUCUUCAACUCCUCCCGCCUGCACCUGCCAAGGCCUUCGGCUGUGGCCCUGGAAGUGCAGAGGCUUAAUGCUCUGGACCUCAAAAGGAAAAUUGGGAAGUCCAUUUUGGGGAAGGUGCACCUGGCCAUGGUGCGCUACCACGAGGGCGGCCGCUUCUGCCAGAAGGACGAGGAGUGGGACCGCGAGUCAGCCAUCUUCCACCUGGAGCACGCCGCCGGCCUGGGCGAACUGGAGGCCAUCGUGGGCCUGGGCCUCAUGUACUCCCAGCUGCCCCACCACAUCCUGCCCGACGUCUCUCUCACGGAGACGGAAGAGAAUAAAACCAAAGGAUUCGAUUACUUACUGAAGGCGGCCGAGGCUGGUGACAGACAGUCCAUGAUCCUGGUGGCUCGAGCUUUUGAUGUCGGCCUGAACCUCAGCCCAGACAGGUCCCCAGACUGGAGAGAGGCCCUGCACUGGUACAGCACCGCUCUGGAGAUGACCGACUGUGAUGAAGGCGGGGAGUAUGACGGGGUGCAGGACGAGCCCCGGUACAUGCUGCUGGCCAGGGAGGCCGAGAUGCUGCUCACGGGCGGCUGUGGACUGGAGAGGGACCCCCAGAAAUCUGGUGACCUGUACACACAGGCAGCCGAGGCGGCCAUGGAAGCCAUGAAGGGCCGGCUAGCCAACCAGUACUACCAGAAGGCGGAGGAGGCCUGGGCCCAGAUGGAGGAGUGAGGUACCGUGAAGACCGCUCACUCCACCCCCAGGCAGAAGAGCUAGGAGGGAAAGAAA